CAAGGUUAUCGCUGAAACAUAUUCAUUACCGCCAUACGAUUCAGUACCGAAUUUAAAUAUGCUACUGGUUAAUAUUUGAAUAUUGCACCCUUGGAGACGAUUUACACUUGGCGAGUCGAAGGGUGUCGUCCCUACCAGUCAGUUCCGAGGUGCAUACAUCUUUUUUUGUAUAUAAUGGAAAUUAUUUCCUGGGAUCAUCAUUCGUACUUCCAUCGGCUUUUCCGAUAGACUAACCGGGUCUACCGGAAGACUGGUGUAGCACUAGUACAAUCACAAGUAGAAUAAGCAUAAAAAUAACACCAUGAUCUUCAUACUUUUGAUAUUAUCAACGAUUAAUGGAAUAUUUGCUCUAAAUAACUUUGCUGAUGUACCGUGUGGUCAAAGAACAAAUGAUCGCAAAGCAAAAGUUGUUGGUGGAGAAGCAGCCGCAAAAGCCGAAUUUCCAUGGAUAGUCUCAAUUACCAGGCGAGGAAACCAUUUUUGUGGCGGUACCCUGAUCAACAAGAAAUAUGUAAUGACAGCAGGACAUUGCUUGUGCACUGGUAGUGGCAAUGACCACUUAGCACCAGCCAGUUUAAAAGUGACACUGUCCCAACAUGACCUGACCAAAGAAAGUUCGGAUGCUCAAGUGGUGAACGUAAAAUCUAUUAUAGUUCAUCCAGGAUACUCAUGUAAAAAGGUUAAAGACGACAUUGCUAUUUUGGAGUUGAACGAGCAAGUUAUCUGGUCUCAGAGUAUUAUUCCAGCCUGCUUACCAGCAGGUUCUGAACAAAAAGCUUAUUCUACAUUCGACAAUAAUUUAGCCACAGUUGCUGGGUGGGGUUGGAUCAAUGAAGAACGAGGGAAAGGUGGUAGAGCCGAAAUCCUGCAGAAAGCUAAGGUAAACGUCAUAGAAAUUGAAAAAUGCAGGACAUGGUAUAAAUCACAGGGUAAGAAAACAAAAAUUCAAGAAGGGCAGAUAUGCGCUGGAUACGAACAAGGUGGCAUCGACGCUUGUUGGGCUGACAGUGGUGGUCCAUUAAUGAUUGAUGCAAAUGACCAAAUGAUGGUUGUUGGCGUCGUGUCUACUGGAAUUGGGUGUGCUAGACCAUACUUGCCUGGAAUAUAUACCAGAGUUUCUGAAUAUAUUCCAUGGAUACGAGAUGUAUUGCAAAGAAGGUGAAAACAACUGAAAAAAUAUUUUUUUAAUUAUAAAACCUAACGUGAAACCCUUUUGUUGCCAAAUAUUUAUUUUAUUUAUUUAUUUAUUUUUGUUCUGAGUAAAUUUCUAGUCAAACAUUUUAGGAAGUAGUAUUUUUAAUUAAAUCAUAUUGA